AUGUCCUCUGACAUAGAUUGGUUUCUCCGGCCAACUUAUUCGCCGGAUCAACUGAACCAAUAUUUUGACCGGAUCAGCUUCCCUCGGAAGUAUCGCGAGUCGCCUAUAGUUAAGAAUGGCCCAAGUAUCGACAACCAAGCCGCCUUGUAUUUCUUGAAGGCAUUACAGCGGUACCAGCUAGCGGCUAGUAUUUAUGCAAAAAUUGUGGAUGUCAAGUCCAAUCGGGGCGGCUACUGCAUGGAAAACAAUGCCCUGUUCGGGACCGUCUUGCGGAGUUUGGGAUACAAUGCCAUCUCAGUUGGAGGUCGUGUCAACGAAGCCGUACAGCCUAUGUCAGCAUCGAAGAACUGGAAUGGCCCCAAGUACCAAGGAUGGAACCACAUGAUCAAUGUUGUUGCUAUUGGCGAGCAGAAGUACCUCGUAGAUGUGGGAUUCGGCUCCAACGGACCACACCAGCCCAUUCCAUUAGUGCAUGGUUUCACAUUCAACAACGUGGGCGAACAGGCCGGGCGGCUGAUCUAUGAACCGAUCACUCAACAAAUGCUGAAGAGUCAAUCUCUGUGGCAGUAUGAGAUCAACAACGGUGACGAAACAUGGACACCCGCCUACUGCUUCACCGAGGUCGAGUUCCUUCCUGAAGAUUUCACAAUCAUCAACUACUAUAUGAGUCAAAGCCGGGGGAGCUGGUUCACUUUUCACGUCGUGUGUGUACGCAUGCUUCUAGAUGAUGAGUGUGAGACUAUUGUGGGAGACUUGACGCUAUUCAAUGAUACCCUGAAACGGCGUAUUGGAGCAACGUCUGAGGUGUUGCAAUGCUUUACUUCUGAGGAGGAGCGCAUGGUGGCCCUAGAGAAAUAUUUUAACAUACAUCUCUCAAGAGCGGAUCAAGCAAAUAUUCGCUUCACUGCCUCGGAGAUUUUAUAG